CUAGGCUCUGAACCUCAAACUCCAGUUGCUCCGUUGGAUAAGCAAGCGGCCGUCAGGUGGCACCUAUUAGGCUUGACCGAAUUGAUACGGCUUGCAUGAGUUGCAGCUUGGGGAAUGAAUGAUUUGAGCCUUUGCCGGAGGAGUGCUCACAAAGAAAGGUUCACAAAUUUCGAUCGGUCUUCUAUCCCCUUCUUUGGAAGCUUUCAGCCGAGCCGCAGCUCAGCAGCAAGGGCUGGAUCCUGCUGCAGUCAGCUUGCUAUUGCUUGGAUUGUGUCAUUUUUGCUAAUCCAAGUAGCGACUGGACAAGUGUAAACCCCUUGCGAGAGAGUAGCCAUGAUGGUGAAGCGGCGGAAAGGGGUAAAGCUAUCAUGCCUUAAGUGCGCAUGACUCUACAUGAAGACUGUUGUUUGAAGAUUGGGCUUGUUUGAGUUGAGGCAAAGUGGAUCCAGGUAGCAGAGAGGCAGCAUGCUUUGAGCUGUCGUGCACAAUAGGGUUUGACACCUUUGGACCGUGUCAAAGAUGUGGACCAACCACUUGAACACGUUCCGCUCAGGCUCUGCUGUGGCAAUCAACGCGGCUUCUGUCGUGUUGCUUGUAUACCUUAUGCUACCGUCAAUAGGAUUCAGGUCUGACGUUCGCAGAGCUGACGAGGGGAUGCUCAGAUGGAACAAGGGGAUAAGCGACACGGACCGCCCGCUAGCGGAAGCGGUGGCGGCGAUUGCUGUGGACAACACGAUCAUUGUGUCACUUGUGAACUCGGGAUAUCUGGACUUUGCUGAGAACUGGAUGAUCAGCAUCAGCCGGCAAGGGUUUGGAGACCGCGUGCUCCUCUUCGCCGAGGACCAAGAAGCCUUUGACCACAUCGACGCGCGCUGGCCGGGCCACGUCAUUAUGUACAACUACAGCUCGAUCCCGCGCGCCGGCGAGUCCGCGCAUGACUUCGGCUCGCUCGGCUUCUUCCUCAUGACCGAGCGCCGGCCGGACUAUUUGCGCGCGGUGCUCCGACUCGGCGUAAACGUGCUGUAUAACGACCUGGAUAUGGUGUGGUUGAAGAACCCGUUUACGGCGUUCACGGGGGAUUUCGAUGUGUGGGUGAACGACGAUUGGACGGACGACACGGGGCUCGAGGCGGUGCACCCGCUGCAGAAGGACCGGCGGUUCCCGUCGCAUUACCAUCCCAACAUCUGCAGCUGUCUCCUCUACAUGCGACCGACGGCACAGUCGUACCAGCUGUUAGAUACGUGGGCAGGGCUAAUGAGCCUCAAGGAUUGGAAGCCUCCCAUCCAGGACCAACCGUUCUUCAACAAGGCCCUCAACAUGCUGAAGGACCUCAAGGUGGGCAUCUUGCCGCAGCGGCAGUUCCCCGCCGGCUGCCUUUACUUUGCGGACGACUACUGGCGGGACGCGUUCGGGGACGAGGCCGCGCUGGUGCACAACAACUGGAUCGUCGGGCACGAUGUCAAGCGGCAACGGUUCCAGAACUUGGGGAUCUGGUUCGUCAAGCAGUUGUAAAAGCACGGGCUGUGAAGAAGUAGCCGCGUUGAGCUGUGCUGGAGUUGAGAUGUUGGGGCUAAGCAUUGUAUUGGGGGUUGUUAAGGGAAAGGGGACCCUUCAACGGAAGUUGAGAGGCGGGCAGAAAUGGGCGUUUUGAUCUCCAGUAACUGGGGUAACGGCAUGGGUGGAUGCGUUUGGCGGACUUUGUCCGGACAUGGCCAGGUUGGCGCUGGUCAGUCGAGAUCGUCAAAGGGUGCGCAGCAAAGAUCCUAUUUAUCUCGUCAGGUCGUAAGUAGAGGCCUUCGCGGUUUGCUGCGCAGUCGACCUUCCAUGUACACUACGUAGCUUAGAUCCGUAAACGCCUCUGUAAGCCAGGCAGAUGACUCAACACACAGGAUAGUGCUGCUGGCGAGAGUAUGAUCUAGCUAGGUCGCUUCAGCAAUGUCGCAGCGCCUUGAGCUCAGUAGAACGCAGCGCAGACGGUCUUUCGUCACAGCAAUUCGACCGUGCUUCUUUGUUCGCCUCGAAAUAGGGGUGCCACAGGAUUCAGCCGCUGCAUAAGGACCAUAUAGAAAACCAUUAGACCCUCAACGCCUAGUCGUCUAAAUUUACACGUGCCGUGCAGCUGCAGUUGGACAGAGGCGAAUGCCUGAGGCCAUAAGAUUCAUAUGCAUCACGUAGUGUAGGUACGUCCUGGCACCGCGUUUGGGGCCCAUAGCAUGUUAGGUUAGUGCACGAUUGCCCCACAAAGUAUCUAUCACAUACCGCUCGCUAAGUACGUUGUUAUCGACCCG